CUAAAACCGAGGCGCGCGACCGGGCUGUAGGCGGAACCUGGAAUUGCUAUAAAAGAAGCGGUGUCCGGGCUUGUGCCGCUCUGCAGACGCCGCUGUUCUCCUUGUGGUUGUUCGCUGCCAAUCAUGGUCAACCCCACGGUGUUCUUCGACAUCGCCGCCGACGGCGAGCCCUUGGGCCGCGUCUCCUUUGAGCUGUUUGCAGACAAAGUUCCAAAGACAGCAGAAAACUUUCGUGCUCUGAGCACUGGAGAGAAAGGAUUUGGUUAUAAGGGUUCCUGCUUUCACAGAAUUAUUCCAGGAUUUAUGUGUCAGGGUGGUGACUUUACACGCCACAAUGGGACUGGUGGCAAGUCUAUCUACGGGGAGAAAUUCGAUGACGAGAACUUCAUCCUGAAGCACACAGGUCCUGGCAUCUUGUCCAUGGCGAAUGCUGGACCAAACACAAAUGGCUCCCAGUUUUUCAUCUGCACUGCCAAGACUGAAUGGUUGGAUGGCAAGCACGUGGUGUUCGGGAAGGUGAAAGAGGGCAUGAACAUCGUGGAGAUCAUGGAGCGCUUCGGGUCCAGGAACGGCAAGACCACCAAGAAGGUCACUGUCACUGACUGUGGGCAGCUCUGAUGUGUUUGACUUGGGUGUAUUUCGACCACCAGACCAUUCCUCUAGCUCAGGAGAGCACCCUCCGCCCCAUCCACUCGCAGCGUCCCAGUAUCUCUGCUCUCACUGCAGUUCUUCGGGUUCCAUAUUUCCCUUGCUCCCCUCCAAACGUAGCUCAAUUGCAGAGUUAAGUUUAUGGUUAUGAAUAAAAACUAACGGUUGCCUGUU